UGCGAAGCUUACAUGGGAUGCGAACUAGAUCUGUCAACACUGGUCGUUGUGUUUGCACGGUGCUAGAAGAGAGAUAAUGCAGGGCCUGCAAAUGGAUAACUAUGCCACAGAUGCAUGUCAGGACCAAUCUGGGUUAACGCACACAGGCACACACGGCUUGUAAACUGUGACCGUGAACCGUGCUAUCAAGGAAAUUCUUCUUUCCUCCAGGGACACCUCCGUGGGUUCUCUAUCUGGCGAGCUGCAGCUAAACAAAGGAUAAAGCAGGACGCUCCAGGGAGACGCGAUGGCUACUGAAGAAAAUCCGAACCAGGUCGGGGCUGUAGUCCUGGCUCAGCGUGCUUCACCUCCAUCCACUGGGAGCAGAACCGGCAGAGAAGCCAGACACGCAAAUGACAGCCAGGAAGUAUGGCGAUACUCUGACCAAUCGUGGCAGUCAAAGCAGCGGAGCAGCCCUUCCCUCCUCUUUUAUAGAAAGUUGUCGUGUGACAAUGGGAAAGGGACAAUUUUGGACGAGGAAUGCGAGUGUUCGGAUUACAGCUCAAAACUCUUGAGUACCGACGAGAAACGUUACCCAGAGCUGUCGGCUGGCAAGAGAAUUGAAGGAAUAACUAACGCUGUUACUCCCACACCUGGGAAAAGUUCAGAGGGAUCUCCGUGCCAGCUGGACACCCCUGGAGAGGGUGUAGAUGCAGGCAGAAACAGAACUGGCAGCACCCAAUGCUCCUGCACCCUCUCUAGCCUCAACAUGAGUCCAAACAUCUACUGUUGCCACAGUCCCAGGUCGAGCCUCUGCCCAAGCCCCUCUAAGCCCAACCAGAGACACAUCCGUCGCAGCAGCCUGCCUGUGUCAAUGCUGGCUUUCCACAAGACGUCACCCUGCCGCUCAUCUCAGUGCUGUCCUUCCAGUGAACCCAGCUCUCUGAUGUCAUCUCCCUGUUGUUCCCCCCUUCCCAAACACCGGCAGCAUCACCAGAAUGGACGUGUUCACCGGCACCAUCUCAAAGACGGCUACUCGAGUCUAGAGAGGCUCAACAGAAGGCCCAGGGUUAACAAAUGCUCCCUGGAAAAACUAUUUCCAAAAAGAGUAUCUUUAGAAGCCACGAGGGCAACCGCGAGGAACGAUGAGAGGUCAUCCUCAGGAGUUACCAGGGUCUGCAUGGAGGGCAGCAGCAGUGAUGAAGGGGACGGAGAGGGCCUGUUGGAGAACGCAGAGUUUAUUAGGAGCCGUAAAGCGCGUUCCACUGUCCUGGUCAGACGCUUCUUCAAGAAUAAUCAAAAGAUGACCAAGUCAGUGUGUACUGGAACCAGAGCGAUUGUCAAGACGCUGCCGUCAGGACGUAUCUCAGAGGAGGUCUGGGAGGUCUUGGUUUUUCACAGGAUAUGGCAUCCCAGCAAGAAGGAUAUUUGGCCAAUCGUAAUGCGUGGAAUCAAAGAAGGAUUCAGCAUUUGCAGGGAUAUACUGCGUUUUGUUGGAGUUAAGCUACAGCGGGUUAACAACUAUGUGCCGGACAGAGAGGAGCUCAACCUGAUUCAUCCGGCCAAACAGCUCCUUCUGUCCUGCCCUGGCCCGGUGGAUCUCAGGGAGUCUCGCUGGUCCCGGUGUUGUCAUCCCUCUCAUCCUCCUAGGUUUUAUCGUGCUUGUGGUCAGAGGACGUCGGUGUGUUCCCUGCUGACCGGAGCCCUACUAGAGGCCACAGCAGCUCUCGGGGCCCGCUCUGCUCUGCCCUACCCUUUGCCCCCGGGCCCCAACAGCCACGCCGUGCUGAAAGAACGUCAGCUGGCCAACAGCAUGACCAGCAGCGGCUCUCUUCAACCCAGCGUCAGUGGGAUCAGUAAGGAGCUGGCAGAGCUGCGUCACCUUGUUCAGUUCCCCGAGGAGAUCGCCUGCAUCCUCACCGAGCAGGAGCAGCAGCUUUACAAACGGGUCUUUCCCUUGGACUACCUCUGUUUCCUCACUCGAGAAGUGGGCAGUCCCGAGUGUCAAACCAAACGCCACCUGAACCUCAAGGCCUCGCUGUCUGUGCCCGCCAUGUCUACCAAGAGUGCUCAGCGAAGCAACGCUGUGGAGGACCUGGUGGCGCGUUUCAAUGAGGUGAGUUCGUGGGUGACGUGGCUGAUCCUAACAGCAGGAUCCAUGGAGGAGAAGAGAGAAGUUUUCUCCUAUCUGGUCCAUGUCGCUAAAUGCUGUUGGAAUAUGGGAAACUACAACGGUGUCAUGGAGUUCCUGGCUGGACUCAGGUCCCGCAAGGUGCUGAAGAUGUGGCAGUUUAUGGACCAGUCGGACAUUGAGACCAUGAGGAGCUUGAAGGACGCCAUGGCUCAGCACGAAUCUUCUUCUGAGUACAAGAAGGUCGUGACCAGAGCUCUCAACAUCCCGGGAUGCAAGGUGGUGCCAUUCUGUGGGGUUUUUCUGAAGGAGCUUAGUGAGGCGUUGGAUGGUACAGCAAGCAUCAUCAGCCUGAAACCACCUCUAUAUAAUACUGAGGACUCAAUAGAGUUUGUGUCUGACUACAGCGGCCAGCACAACUUCAUGUCACGCUCAGGUCCAGAUGGACUACACGUCCCAGAGAAAGAAGCUACUGUCAGCAACAUCCUCCAGAUUAUCAGGUCUUGUAAUCGUAGUUUGGAGGCAGAGGACCCUGAUGAGGCCUCCACGAGUCCCUCUUCUACCGGCUCAUUCACUGCGUCCAGAAAUAACUCCUUCAGGGACCGCUGCCGCAAUCAAUUCAUGGUGGGUGACUUGUCGGACUCAGAGGGCGACUUGUCGUCCGAGCCGGCGGUGAAAGAGGUGGAGUUUCAGGGGACUGAGGAGACGCAUAGAGCAUUCAGCCACGGCACUGAGCUCAUUCCAUGGUACGUGUUGUCACUGCAACCGGACGUUCACCAGUUUCUGCUGCAGGGGGCUACAGUCAUCCACUACCAACAGGACAGCCACCUCACAGCCCGCUGUCUGCUGCGACUACAACCCGACAACACAACACUCACCUGGGGUAAGCCCCAGAGCGGAGGGUCUUCACCCACAGAUCAACCACUGGGAUUAGGACAGGCUGUAGUGGCCGGACUAGCAGAGGGCCUUUUAGAACUGGGAGUCGUGAAGGCAGUAUUCCUGGGCCACCAGGGAGUAGACGUUCAUGCUGUAUGUUUGCAAAACAAGCUGAGUCAGAUGACGGUGGAGGAAAACGGUCUCAGCCUCCUCUAUGGUCUCAGCACCACAGACAACAGACUCCUGCACUUUGUCGCCCCGAACCACACGGCACAGAUGCUUCACAAAGGCCUUUCAGAGUUGGUGAAUGCAAACAGAAAAUUAAAGAAGUUUCCUGACCAGAGGUUGCAGUGGCUUAGGAAGCAGUAUGUCAGCUUGUAUCAGGAGGACGGCAGGUACGAGGGCCCUACACUAGCUCAUGCAAUUGAGCUCUUCGGUGGGCGGAGGUGGAACAUGGGUACAGGCGGAGUGGAGAAACCUGCUGCCCAGAAAAACAUCAAUGAUAAGACCAAGAAGAAGAAGAAGGUCCUUGUCCGGGGAGACAGUGGGGAUGCCACAGAUGACGAGAUGGUUUCCAGGAAAACACGUAGCUGUAAGGAGGGACUGUAUCGAAAUGGACCGGAGUCUGACAGCAUCGACCAAGAAGAUCCAGAGGACAGCUUCCCUGGACCAUUCUCCCUCUCAUCCAGUAAAAGCCCUGGUUUGCUAGCCUCUUCUUCCUCCUCCUCCUCCUCCUCCUCCAGUAUGGCAGGGUCCAACCACUCCCGCCCACAAUCCUCUCCGAUUCUCUCAGGAACGGCCAAGCCACAGCCAGGGGCAUGGAGCAGCAGAUCAUGGCACGGCCGAGCUAAAGGCUGUUUCAAAGGCUUCCAGAAUCUCAUGAUUUCUGACAGCACGAUGAGCUUCAUCGAGUUUGUUGAACUCUUCAAGUCAUUCAGUAUCCGAAGCAGGAAGGACCUGAAGGAGCUGUUCGACACCUUUGCUGUCAGCUGCAGCCGUUCGAGUCCAGAGACUGCUCCUCUCUACACCAACCUCAGCGUAGACGACAAAGAUACAGGGCUACAGCCAGAUCUUGACUUAUUAACCCGCAAUGGUUCUGAUCUCGGCCUGUUUAUUCGGACGAGGCAGCAGAUGUCGGACAACCAGAGGCAGAUCUCAGACGCCAUUGCGGCAGCCAGCAUCGUGACAAACGGGACAGGAGUGGAAAACGCAUCACUAGGCGUCUUGGGAUUGGCUAUCCCUCAGCUCAACGACUUCCUUGUCAACUGUCAGAGAGAGCACCUGAGCUACGAUGAGAUUCUCAGCAUUAUACAGAAAUUUGAGCCCUCAUCAAGCAUGAGACAAAUGGGUUGGAUGUCAUUUGAAGGCUUUGCGAGGUUCCUGAUGGAUAAGGAGAACUUCGCUUCUCGUAAUGAGGAAUCCCAGAUAAACCCAGAGGAGCUGCACUACCCUCUGUCCUACUACUACAUUGAGUCUUCUCAUAACACCUAUCUGACUGGACACCAGCUGAAAGGAGAGUCCUCUGUUGAGCUGUACAGUCAGGUGUUGCUGCAAGGCUGUAGGAGUGUCGAGUUGGACUGCUGGGAUGGAGAUGAUGGCAUGCCAGUCAUUUAUCAUGGACACACACUUACCACUAAAAUACCCUUCAAGGAUGUGGUGGAGGCAGUUAGCCGGUCCGCAUUUGUCAAUUCGGACAUGCCUGUCAUCCUGUCCAUUGAGAACCACUGCUCCCUCCCACAGCAACGCAAGAUGGCUGAAAUCUUCAAGACCGUGUUCGGGGAACGUCUCGUGACGCGCUUCCUCUUUGAAAGUGACUUCAGCGAUGAUCCUCACCUGCCGUCGCCGCUGCAGCUGCGUGGGAAGAUCCUCCUCAAGAACAAGAAGCUCAAAGCGCACCAGGCGCCUGUGGACAUACUCAAACAGAAGGCUCACCAGCUGGCACACAUGCAGGCCCAGGCUAGCAAUGGGUCACCUGGGGUUACUUCCCCUGGCAACCACACCAAUGAGGAAGAAGAAGAGGAAGAAGACGAAUACGACUAUGACUAUGAGUCCCUAUCAGAUGCUGAUGUCCUCACAGCCUCUACUGCCUCGUAUGGCCUGGAAGAUAACAUCCUGGAUGACAAGCCAGAGGGGAAGAGCCCAGCAGACAAAGAAGAGCAAGCUGUUGAUGAAAUACCGAAGAGGAUGAAGAAGUCAGAUAGCACUACGCAGAGCAAAGGAAAGGUGUUUGACAUGGAGCUGGGCGAGGCGUUUUACCUCCCUCAGAACAAGAAGGAGAGUCGACAGAUUGCCCAGGAGCUAUCCGACCUCAUCAUCUACUGCCAGGCUGUGAAAUUCCCUGGCCUGUCCACGCUGUCUCCUGCCGGCUCUGGCAGAGGGAAGGACCGAGGAAAGAGCAGGAAGUCCAUAUUUGGCACGGCUCCCGCUCGCUGCAGCACAACAGGGGAGGUCAUGACCCAGAGCCGCACCCCUGGGAAAGGUGGCUCUGAGCGUCUGAGCUGGGAGGAGCAGCAGACGUCUCCUGUCCUCAACCCCCCCACCUCUCUCAGCGCCAUCAUCCGAACGCCCAAGUGCUACCACAUCUCCUCCGUCAACGAGAACGCGGCCAAGCGCCUGUGCCGUCGUUACUCCCAGAAGCUGAUCCAGCACACCGUGUGCCAGCUGCUCCGGACGUACCCAGCAGCCACCAGGAUCGACUCCACAAACCCCAACCCUCUGCUCUUCUGGCUGCACGGCAUCCAGCUGGUGGCACUGAACUAUCAGACUGAUGACUUGCCCAUGCAAUUGAACACAGCUCUGUUUGAGUCCAAUGGCGGCUGUGGCUACGUCCUGAAGCCGGCAGUGCUGUGGGACCGUAGCUGUCCGCUCUAUCAGCAGUUCUGUCCGAUGGAGAGGGAUGUGGACAAAAUGAGCCCCGCCGUCUAUUCCCUCACUAUUGUUUCCGGUCAGAACGUUUGUCCCAGUAACAGUGCUGGAAGCCCGUGCAUCGAGGUGGAUGUUCUGGGCAUGCCCAUCGACAGCUGCCACUUCCGCACCAAACCCAUCCACCGCAACACCCUCAACCCCAUGUGGAGCGAGCACUUCCAGUUCACCGUGCACUUUGAAGAGAUGUGCUUCCUGCGCUUCGCCGUAGUGGAGAACAACAGCUCCCAGACUACUGCACAGAGGACUCUGCCUUUGAAUACCCUCAAGCCAGGUUACAGACAUGUCCAGUUGAGGACACAACAUAAUGAACCUCUUGAAGUGUCAAGCCUGUUUAUCUACAGCCGCAGGAUAGAGGAAGGUCCCACAGGGGGCGCUACCCGCUCAUCACUGCUGUUCAGCUCAGAGGAGAAACGUGUGUCGCAGCAGCACAAGGUGACGGUGUACGGAGCUCCUGGUCCGGAGCUCUUCACUGUGUUCUGUGUUACAGAACAGACGACGGCCAAACAGCUGCUGGACACGGUACUAGCAUCUGCAGGAAAUCCGUCCGAGUACUUCCUGUGCGAGGAGAAGGUUCCUCUGUUGAAGGAGCGCAGCGAGGUGAAGCGGUCUUCUCAGCAUCGUCCUCUAGCGCCAGAGGAGGAGGUGCUUAGACUGGUGUCCAGCUGGAACUCUGAGGAGGGAUGCGUGGGGAGGAUCUGCCUCAAAACAAGAGAGGAGAAUUUAAAUGAAAAGAACUCUGUGCUGGAGGGAGAGGAGGAGGUGGCUGUGGGAGGUAGAGAAGGAGGAGGGGGAGCAGCAGAGGACGACAUGUUCUUUGUCCAGGUCCAUGAAGUUUCACCAGAACAGCCUCACACUGUGAUCAAGGCCCCGCGCUACAGCACAGCUCAGGAUAUCAUACAGCAGACUCUGUCAAAGGCCAAGUAUUCCUGCAGUAUUCUAUCUAAUCCCAAUCCAUGUGACUACGUCCUGAUGGAGGAAGUGACCAAGGACACCGGCUCAAAGAAGUCCUCCACCACCAAGCCUCUGCAGCGGGUGCUACUGGACCACGAGUGUGUCUACCAGGCUCAGAGCCGCUGGCGGGGAGCGGGAAAGUUCAUUCUUAAACUCAAAGAGCAGGUGGUGAGGGAAGACAAAAAGAAAGUACUUUCCUUUGCCAGCGAGCUCAAGAAGCUGACCAGUCGCAGCCGCAGCAUGACGACUGGCGGUGGAGUGGACGGUCCUGCCCAGAGUAAGGAUGAUAGAGCGGCAUGCUGUGUGGCUCUGACAGAGCUCCAGGAGUGAGGCUCACACUCUUCGUGCAUGGAAAGGCAACAGAGGGUAUCUGUCUGCAGCUGCAGGUCUGAAGGCGUGGGUGGCAGAGGGCAGGGUGGGGGCAGUGAGGUUCCUACAGGCCUCGUCCUCAUCUUCCUCCUUCAGUGGGCAACUCCAUCCCCUCCACCUGCCCACCUCCUCUCUGACCCCACCAGCCUGGAAGCUUCACCUCCUCAGGAACUGGAAGAUCCACAAAUGAAGGACAAAGAAAGACUUGUUGUUGACUAUUUCUAAACUUGGAGGAUUCUUCUUUCCAAGAAAGGCGAGGUGUUUCAGCGAGGGUCCGAUUUGCUCCUCUCUUAAGUCCUGAAGGAGUCUGAUGCUGCCUUGUGUUAGUUGUGGAGGACGGGAUUCAAUGGGUUAGCUGACAGAUGUUCAGCCCCAGUUCUUGGUUUCACCCAGUCAGGAAUCCCACCCAGCGUGACUUUAGAGUUGCGAUGGUCAUGUUGGGGCAGGUGGCUCUGGCUCUUCUUGGUUUAUUGGUUGUAGUGUGGCUCCACACAGAGUUUGAAGUACCAGAGGCAGCUGCUGAUAUUCAAGUUAUCGGGUAUGUGAUCAGGAACAGAAAGUAUUCCUUCUCUUACCAACAUAAAAAGGAGCACUUCCCUAAGUCACAUUCAAAGGAUGAAGAGUUAUGGGUGCCAGUUUCCCCCCCAAAAAAAAAAUUACACGAAAUCAUGAGGAGGGCUAAAAAAAUGGCAUCUGAAUUGGAUGAGUUUAGUGAACCACAAUUCUUCUAAAAGAGUUAAUUAAGUGUCCUAGCACAGACUACAGUUUGCUGUUGGAUGACCAUAUCAUGUACUUGGUUUAUAAACUAUUCCCCCUUCUGAUAUCACACAAAUAAAGCGCAGAGCAGACGGAGGGAGGCCUGCUUGUAGAAAUGAAAGGAGAGGUGUAGUAGAGUACGAGGGCUGAGGAAGGGAAACAGUAUUCUUCUCUCUUUCUCAGGUACGGGCUUUAUUUUGUGAGGGCAUUGUGGAGGAGGCGGACAAGCUGGCUUGUUUGUUUCUUACUGUUCCAGUUUCAUAGUACUGUAAGGGCACAUUUUGGGUACCAGUCACAGGAAAAAGGCGCCAAAGUGUGAGACAAUUAUUUAAAUAUUCUGGGAAUUCUUUGGACACUAUUGUCGCUACCCUAAAGGUGACGAUACUGUACAUGGCCAGGAUUUUUAGGCAGUAUAGCUGUCCCAUAGUGAUUUGUGCAGGGGGAAAUGUGAACCAAUGUUUUAUCCCUGUGCUGAUAAAGUUGCCCUUCUAUAUUAUCUUAAAAUGUUGCAAAACUGCCUUUGACUUUUGGUAAUUUUGUAGCUGUAUCUCUGAGGACGAUAUGUGGCUGGUUUCCCAAAGUGUUUUAGUUCCGUCAUUGUCCACUAAUCAUUGUCUCAACAUGCAUCUUUUAUU